CUCCUCGCUGGUUGGCCGGAAGGACCCAGCGCCAACCAUCCAAACGACCGGCCGGCAAGGGCCGGAAGGAAGGAAGAGAGGACGAGGCGGGGACAAGCAACAGCCAACAGGCGCCGGCCGGCCCCCCGGUUCCCUCCUCUUCCCUUCAAAUUUUGGAUUUGGAGGCGGGCGGGAGGGAAUUCGCUCGCUCCGCCCCCAUCCUCCUGGCCGCUAGCCGCUGGAGGGAGGAUUGGGCUCGGAUUCGGCGGGAGCGAGGAUGGGGGAGGUGGUGUCGGACAACGCCAAGGGCCUGGCGCUCGCCGUCGCCUCCAGCGCGUUCAUCGGCGUCAGCUUCAUCCUCAAGAAGAUCGGCCUCCGCCGCGCCGCCAAGUGCGGCGCACGCGCAGGUGGUGGAGGAUACACUUACCUUUCCGAGCCUCUGUGGUGGGCUGGAAUGGCCACAAUGCUGCUUGGGGAGGUUGCAAACUUUGUUGCCUAUAUAUUCGCGCCAGCUGUACUUGUGACUCCUCUUGGAGCAUUAAGCAUAAUAGUGAGUUCAGUGCUGGCACACUUUGUGCUGAAGGAGCGACUUGAGAAGCUCGGGGUCCUUGGCUGUGUAUCGUGCAUAGUAGGUUCAGUUGUUGUUGUUAUGCAUGCACCGGAAGAGCAUAUGCCUAACUCUGUUGAAGAAAUCUGGAACCUAGCUACUCAACCAGGAUUUCUAGCAUAUGCGAUGACAACAAUGUUACUUGUGGGAACGCUAGUACUCUUCUUUGAACCUCGAUAUGGUCAGACUAAUAUCCUAGUAUAUCUGGGCAUCUGCUCCUCAAUGGGGUCACUAACGGUUGUUAGCAUCAAAGCCAUUGGUGUUGCCAUAAAGCUUACAUUGGAUGGAGUGAAUCAGGCUGCUUAUCCAUACACGUGGUUUUUUCUUAUGGUUGCAAUUAUCUGUGGGGUUUCUCAAAUAAACUACCUCAACAAGGCACUGGAUACAUUUAAUUUAGCUAUUGUUUCUCCCAUUUAUUAUGUAAUGUUUACGACCUUUACAAUAGUGGCGAGUGGAAUUAUGUUCAAGGACUGGGCUGGUCAAAGCUUAAGUAGUAUUGCUUCGGAAUUAUGUGGCCUAAUAACAAUUCUUUCUGGGACAAUUUUGUUGCACACAGCAGAAGAGGGAGGCAACAAUUCUGCAGCUUUGUUGCCUUGGCCUUUGGAUAAGGGAUCCAUAUCAUGGUGUAUCAGCUUAAGCAGCGACAAUCUACUGAAGAAUGUUGAAGAGGACUACUUUGCAGCUCUGCAAAAUUCACCUGCCCCAGUAUGACAAUACAUCUGUUCUACUUUGGUUGUAGAAGAAGGCGAUAGACUUUGUAAAAAAAAGCGAAUCGCGGAGGAAAUCUUAACAGUGCCAACAUUCUGGCAGUUUUGGUUGAGGAGAUUUCAUCUGCCAUUUUUCAAAUUGUACAUAGGAACCUGUAAAUUUGUGAUUUUUUUUUAUACCCAGGACAGGAUAAGACUUGUUAAUCUCUUGUUUGUCCAAAGGCAAGCCUGCAUGUUGUAUUUUGUAUAGAUGUUUCGUCUUUAACUUAAGCUCAGUAGUGAAGAUUGAUGUAUCCAGCUGUCGUCUGCAUAGUAUGCAUUAAGUUUCAAACUGAAUGGUUUCCGUUUUAAUCUCAGAAGGGAUGCAAUGCCCUGCUACAUUUGUCCAUUCAGUGGCACUGAGGGAUUGAAU